AUGCUCGUGCAGGUCGUCUCUAGCUGGAUCUGGCCACGCGAGCAAGCGUCAGUGGAGGUGCAGUCCGUUCCCGCUCUUCCUGUUGUCGCUCUUCUCGAAGAAACCGCGUCAACGGAUGCAGAGCUUGAAACCGUUGUUGUGGCUGUGGCUUCAGCUCUGACUGCUGAUGUUUCAGCUCUGACUGCUGCCGUUUCAACUCAGGCUAAGGAAGCAGAGGAAGCUGAGCAAGCAGAGGAGAAAGAGGAACCGAAAAAGAAAGCCUAUUCGUUCCUGGAGCUGCUUGCUCAAGAGGACUCUGUUGCCUCACAUACCUCCUCAGUUGACCCAGUUGCCAAGAUCGCUGCCUCCUCAGCCAAGGUCGCGGCCUGGUUGGGUGUGGAAACCGGAUCAGAGGCACAACAGGGUGGGAAGAUGGGAGCAGAGGCGAGCAGCGGGUGGAGCAGCGUCAGUCGCAGUGAGAGCAGCUGCAGCAGCCGCAGUGCGUGUCUCAUCCACCUCUCCUCGGACUCCUCCUCCUCUGCUGAUAGCCUCUGCAGCAGCCGCACUGGCUUGACGAAGGAGGUUGCUGGUGUGAAGAGGGGGACUGGCCGAGGCGUUUCCAGGAUUGGGAAGGGAUGCUCUCUGUCUACUGCUUACCAUUUCACUGAGCUCUUGGCAGCUGAGGAAAAAUCAGUGAAGGGUGGGAUGGAUAAGGACGUUUUAUGCAAUGGAAAGGACUGGAGCAUGGAGGUGAAGGGGUUCGGGAAGGCGGAGGAAGGACGGAUGUUCUCAAACCAGUUGUUUGGGUGUGACGAUGAGGCUGAAGAGGAGGAGGAAGAGGAUGACAGUUUGGAGCCAGACGAAGAAUCACUGGCUCUAGCAGCCGGGUAA